AUGAUAUUGAGCACGCAGCAGGGGAGAGGAGAGAGAGAACCAGACGAUAUCGCACCAUCUCCGUUCGACAAUCCACGUGGCGACGCCGAUGUCGUACUGAGCGCAUCAGACGGCGUCGCCUUCUUCCUUCAUACAUCGACUUUGCGAAUGUCAUCCACGUUCUUCGCGAAUAUACUGCCGUUUCCGUCUGCACCAGAGUCAGCAGUUGGAAUCGCGAGAACAGCGCAUGGCUUACCGAUAAUCCCGGUCACCGAAACCAGCCGGAUUCUCAACUAUCUGUUGCGCGCGGUCUACCCAGCAGACAUACCUACCAUCACUACACUGGAAGAUGCCGCCCUUCUCCUGCGAGGAGCAUGCAAAUACCAGAUGCCGCUGGUCGCCUCUGUCGUGCAAAACUCGCUUAAAGCGCUAUGCCACGCUGGGCACGGUUUGGACGUAUACGCACUCGCGUGUACGUUCCACCUCGAGCAAAUGGCGGAAUAUGCAGCAGGAAUAUUCUGUGCUGUAGGACCUUCAGCCGCAGGUGCCGAAGCCGCGCGCCCAAUCCAUUGUAUUGACGAGUAUACGCCGGCGAUGGACACCAUACCCGCGGCUUCGUACUUCCGAUUCUUCUGCUCACCAACUCCUCAUGCUACUGCCAGUAGUCCAGGCACUUGUAACCGACAUACUGGCCCCAGCCGCACAAAGAAAGGCUCCGGAAAGGCUCCGCCUCCCUUCAAUCGGGAGUCUGCCAUCGCGGAUGUUAUAAUACGGUCUACCGAUGGCGUGGAGUUCUAUGUGAACUCGCUUGUCGUUGGGAUCGCGUCGCCCGUGAUGGCUCGAAAGCUUCAGAAACAACCAAGCUCCAGUGACUCAGAAACUGGUUGGCAUGAUGCUGGUGGUACUCACCUCAUCAACCUGCCUGAAGAUAGUGCAACCCUCACAACUCUGCUUUCCCUGUGCUACCCCAUGCCCGAUCCGGAAAUCAAGUGGAGCUUGGAUGAUGGAAAAUUAUCGAGGGCCUGCCGCCUUAUGGAAGCCGCGACGAAGUACGACGUUCAGCGUGCACAAGCAUUCGCCAAGCGAGCUUGUGUACAGAGUCUUGACUCCCAGCCCCAACGUGUCUUCUUUAUAGCAACAAAGUUCGGGUGGCACGAUGUCGUCGAAUCAGCGGCCAUGCACGCGGUAUACGAGAGGGGAGAAGAUUACGUGCCCGAGAUGGAAACCGUACCAGCAGCAGUGUAUCGUCGCCUGCUCGUUUACCGUCAACAAUGCCGCGACAUCACACUUCCAUAUUACACACCUGUAUUCUUCGGAAGAGAUGGGGGAAAGCAGGAUCCUAAAUCUGGUGCUCCAUAUUGGGACCUGGACGGAAUGCUGGAUCUCGAGACAUGGGGCGAGCAAAAGUUCUGGAGAGCCUUUCAUCAGCUAGCAUGCAAAAAAGAUGGAGUCUUGGACUUCCCUACCAUGCAAGAGAUUGUCCCAUACACUUUGCUCACAGACCAUACUUCUGGUGGUGAUCCUGCUUCGACAACUACGGGCCCAGCCUACCUGCAUCCUACUCUCCAACAGAUCGUGCAGUUGGGGAAAUUGUUGGCGAGAGUGAGCAUUGUCCAAUCUCUUUGA